AUGGCUAGUAACAAGCGUGCAAGGAUCGACGGCGAUGAGUCUCGAAAUGCGAAGCCGCGCCUCACCCGGGCUUGUGCCGACUGCAAGGAACACAAGACGAAAUGCUUUGUCCAGCCUGGCGAGACUGCAUGCAACCGAUGCUUGAAGAGCGGAGUCGAAUGCGUCCCUCAUAACUUUGCUCGGAAAUUCCUUGACGAAGAUGCUGUAUGGAAAGCAGAGGCUGCAGCAAAAAUUGAUCGGCUACAUGACGCCGUUGAGUCCCUUCUGCGCCACAACGAUCUGCCGCUCCUUGCUAGCACCAAUAACCAUACUGUAUCGACCUCGCAGUCCCUAAAUGAACGAGGCCAUCCUUCUAUACCAAUACUUCCUCCGCCGAGCAAUGUUCUGACGGAAACCAACCGCGGAAACUUCACUCCCGAAGGGCCUUCAGCUGAUUCUCGCACGGAUCAGGAUGAUUCAGACCUCGUUCCACUGCCGAUGAAUAAUCUCUAUAAUCUCACAGACGCAAAUAACUCGCAGUUAAUCCGUGUCGAUCCCGCCGAUGUCAACGGACCCGACUUCAUCAGUCAAGGUGUGCUUGGGCUAUCCGAAGCGGAAUAUCUCUUCAGUCACUACCGGUCUCACAUCAACCCACUUCUGUGGGACGGAAUGCUCUGCUCUCACAAGACCUUACGCGAAGCAAGACAGUCCUCGUCGCUCCUUGUAGCCGUGGUGCUCACCGUUGCGGCGCUUCAUAUUCCUAAUCGUGAGCAGUCGCUGCACGCAACCUACGCCGCGUUUGUGUCAUUGAUGAGAGGAUCGUGCCUGCUACGCUGCCAGAACCUGGAUGUGAUCCGUGCUCUCUGCAUCGGGGCGUUCUACCUGACCAGUCUCAGUUGGGCACUCUGCAGCCGAGCCGUCCGAGUUGCAACGGAAAUGAACCUUCACAAGUCGUCAUUGCAAUUUGCCAGGGGAUCGCUCGAGUCCUAUGAGCGCGUCCGACUGUGGUACGUCUUGUACGUCUGCGAUCAUCAGUUUGCCCUUGCUUACGGGCGUCCACCGAUGAUGCAUGAGGAUGCAGCGAUUCGGAACGCCGAGAAGCUUUUGACGAGCGGAUUAUCCUCGAAGGGCGACCGCGGCCUUGUGGCACAGGUCAAGCUGUUCCGAAUUCUGGCAAGCGGGUACUUCAUGCACGGUUGCGAUCCGGACCUUGAGCUCAAUGGACAAGAUUUCGACAAACUGAAGGAGUUCGACAUGUCUGUGGAUCAAUGGCGUCUUGAGUACCACUUGACGAGCAAAGAUGCUCUGGCUCCGCUCACAGCAACUGCUUUGUACUACCACCUUGCCCGCUUCCAGCUGAACUCGGUAGCGCUUCGAGGAAUCUCAGCGAGGGACACUUCUCAGAACCUCGACAUGACUUGGGAAAGGCAGGAGGCGUCGAACGUUGCUAUCAUGGCUGCCAUGAAUACCGCAAAGCUUGUCGUUGAAAACAGCGACCUGCAGAAAGAAUUGAUUGGCCUCCCAAUUUUCGUGCACGCUAUGAUUGCUGUCUGUGGUUCAUUCUUGCUCAAAAUGGCUGUUGUAUCUGGCGACCUAUCACGUCACAUCUCCGAGACUGGUCAAGACCUGGCUCAAUAUGGCUUGAACUUCCAUACGAAAACGGCAGUGGCAAGUGUGGAGCGGCUGGUACAUGUCUUAUCCCAGGUAGCAGAUAACGCAAGCCAGCGGCACGUCGUGAGGCAGGUGGUGACCGGGUUGGACGAACUGCUACAACGGCUUGCACCCAGUCGGGCUACUGAUCAUUCAUUGCUGCAAAGCAGAGAUUCUUUGCCCGUGAAUAACCAAAUAUACCAGCGAUGGGUAGAGGGUACGGAACAAGAUCCUCUCAACCUCGAACCCAAUACCCGUGGCCCGGAAUACAGUUCAAGUUACCAUGAAGCAACCCAAGGCGAGGAUAAUCUCGCGAUACCACCAGACAACGUUCGCCAACAGGAUCCGUUUGACCUCACCGGCGAUCUCGACUGGCGCUUCGAUGAUGGCUUCCUUUUCAAUUUUGAGGUCAACAACUCUGACUUUGCGGCGUUUUUGUAA